UGGCUGAGCAGGUUAAUCCGAAAUACAAACGAUUCCACCGAUUCUUCUUCUGCUCGACACUCGUUACUCGACCCCUCUUCGCCGCUCGACGGUGACGCAACCAGACGACCGACCGACCGACCAAAGCUGAUACAGUCACUCGGACCCAUCUUCUGAUCGAAUUCAUUUGAGAUUGUUGCUUGAUCGUAGAAGGAAGUAUAUACUAAAUCCAACAGGCUCUUGAUGUUCAGUCGAAGGGCUUGCUGGAAUCAUAUCUACUAACACCGAUGGCAGGUCUUCACAGAUCUUCGAGCGCUCCGUCAAAGAACAACCUUCCUCCUCAAGAACUCCUCGAUGAUCUCUGCAGUCGUUUCGUGUUGAACGUUCCAAAAGAAGAUCAACAAUCAUUUGAGAGGAUAUUAUUUCUUGUGGAGUAUGCUCAUUGGUUCUAUGAAGACAAUUCAGUGGAAAAUAAUCCAUCACUUAAAUCAUUUACCUUGAAGGAGUUCACUUCCUUAAUGUUCAACAGUUGUGACGUUUUGAGACCUUAUGUUGCGCAUAUAGAUGACAUAUUUAAGGACUUCACAUCUUAUAAGGUCCGAGUUCCUGUUACCGGGGCCAUAAUUCUUGAUGAGUAUUAUGAAAGGUGCUUACUAGUCAAGGGGUGGAAAGGCACAAGCUGGAGCUUUCCCCGUGGAAAAAAGAGCAAAGAUGAGGAAGACCAUACAUGCGCAAUCAGAGAGGUCCACGAGGAAACUGGUUUUGAUGUUUCGAAACUUCUAAACAAAGACGAGUUCAUUGAAAUGAUAUUCGGACAGCAAAGGGUGCGGCUAUACAUAGUUGCUGGUGUGAACGACAAUACUGUCUUUGCCCCACUCACCAAAAAAGAGAUCAGUGAAAUUGCAUGGCAACGGCUCGAUGAUCUUCAACCAGCGAAUCGUGAUGUAAUAUCUCGUGGGGUCACUGGUCUCAAGCUUUACAUGGUUGCCCCUUUCUUAGAAUCUCUGCAGAAAUGGAUUGCAUCUCAUCAACCUAUUGGAGUUCCUAAAGCUAAUAUGCCUUUGAAAGCACUGAGUAUGUGGAAGGCAAAGAACAGUUCUGUAGGAGGGAGCAACUCCACAGCUAUACCCGAGACUCACACUAUUAAACCUGCACCACCACCACCAGCAACAGCAGCUGCAGCAGCAGCUGAUUUCUCCCAUUCUUCAUCUUCUGGUCCUGGCAAGAGCUUUAGAAAUUUCCGAUUCGACACUUCAGCUAUAUUACGAGCUAUGGAAACUGCUUUCUCGUCUUGACUGACUCUGGAGGUCUGGUCUGUAUUUUUCUUGUUGUGAGUCUGGAGUGUUUAGCUCUUCGCGACUUAGCGUUCUCUUUACCCCUGUUACUAUUAGUUUUUGGUAGGGUUAUUCUGGUUGUAAAUUGCCCUAAGAAGAAGAAACUAACUGCUUAUGUUUGUAUGGACUUUAAUUUUCUUUAGAAAUGGUCAUUUUAGGUAA